AUGCUAGCUGAACACCCAUCUGUCAGUUUCCUUUUAAUGAUGUGUACAGUACAGAUUAGCAUUGGAGGGUUGUCAAAACAACUGCUUAUCUGUGGUUCCCUGUCCCGGGACCCUCUGGCGUUGUGUGACCUGAAAGCAGAAGUUUCCCCACGGAUCUCGGCCGAGGACUUGAUCGACCUGUGUGAGCUGUCAUUGUCCGGAUCCGUCAAAAGGACCAGAGCCGGCAGACCCAAAAUCAUUGCAGUCGACAUCCGCAAUUUAGAGGACUUCAACAGAGGCCAUAUUUCUGGCAGCAUCAACAUUCCCUUCAGCACAGCCUUCGGCCCGAACAGUGAGCUGGUGCAGUGUCCUGCGACCGGAGUCCUCCAGAGCUACAGAGGACGGGUCAUUGUGAUCAUCAGCCACGCCAUCACAAAUGCUAUUAUGUUUGCAGCACACCUGGUCAAGGUCAACUUCCCACGAGUUUGUUUCCUCGAUGGAGGGAUCAACAAGCUGAAGCCCACUGGACUGCUGACGGUCCCCUCCCCUAUGAUCUGACCUCGAACCUCAGCUUCACAACGGGACGAGUGGAAAGACUGUAUAUUGUGUGUGAGCUGUUAUUGAAGCAAACAAAAACACACAUUCAAGUUUAACUGAAAAACUGCAUUGAAGAAUCCCCCCUCCUAAUCCACUGUCAUCACCAAAUGUUGUUUUUAUUUUCUGUCUCCUAACAAGAAUGAUCAAUCCAUUUUUAUUUCUGAAACAAUUCCUUUGUACAAUAGCUUUUGACUAAUAAAUUGAGCCAUCUGUGUCCGAUAUGCAUAUCUUGAUGUCUCUUCUGAGCCAGUUGAUCUAGGAAACUGCCAUUAAGUCUGCUUUUAUAAUAAUUUUGAAUUUUUUGACACUGCGAGAGAGGCGGAUAUGUUAAAUGUUUUAGCAACCACUAAGCUUUAAUUGGUGCUUGUGUUCAAAAAUGUGCUUACAUUUAAAUAUCUUAAAAAACAGUACAACAUGACCUUUAACUUUAUCUUCAAUAAUAAUCAAAUAAACACAUUUUUGACCAUGUCAAAUAUUACAAACGCUGUAAGGUUAGAAUUUGUGAGCUGUCGCAAUAUAUUGUAAAGGUGUUUCCAGUUAACUGUAAGGUUGUCUUUGAAAAAUAAGACAACCUUACAGUUUUCAUUCACCUUGUUUCCUUGCCAUUGAAUUGUCUGUAUGUAUGUGUCAUCUUAUAGAACAUGUGUUACUAUUAUGUUACAGUUGUCUAUAAUUAAACUAUCUGACAAACAAA